CUCUCCUGAGAACCAGUCGCUCUUAGUCGUGGGCUCGUUUUUAGACGGAUACGGCCGUGCGCUUCAGGCAGCAAAAACGGGACCCGUUUUAAUAUGUGCGCUCUGGGGAGUUACUGAAACUCUCUCUCUCGCUCUACUACGAUGACGUACGCCAACUUUAGCGACCACAAGCUGGACAAAUUUCCGAACUGCUCGUGGGAACGCGACUUCAAACAGAGGACACCUCCGAUCUACAAGAACCUGUGCUUGAUCAGUGUAGUUUUUGCGUUUAGUGUCGGAUUAACCAUAGGAAUACUUAUUCCCUUCAUGUACUUCAACGGUUAUAACGGUGUGAGAAAAAACAGUUCUAGUUUAUCGAGUGAAGUCAACACGUCCUCGGUGAUUCGGACAAUAUUCCUUAACAACAGUUACGGAUACGUCAACGACUCUAAAUCCUUACUCAUCUACCCUACAGUGUCUUUCGUCGAGACAAACGAAUCAAACCAAAGUACCGACGAUGAAUUCAUCCAAGACGGGAUAUAUUGGAGCCCCAAAGUGGAAAAAUCCUUACCGGAAGGCUAUAAAGACCAAAAACACACUCUCUGGUCGGAUUACCUCAAUAAAGCCGUUGCAAUCCGGCUGGAAAAUGGUUGUGGACGUAUGCAAAACCGUCUAGUCACCUUCAGAGACGGUAUCAAGGGAUGUGUCCGUUACAGACAAAACACCGACCAAAUUCAGGGGGAACUCUUCAGCUUCUACUUAGCUCAAAUUUUGAGGUUACCCAACCUAGCACCCAGCGCUGUGAACAUUGUUGACUUAAACUCACCACUUUGGUCAAACUUACAUAACGAAAUUGCUUCAGCACAGUGGAAUUCAAACAGACCCAUAGUCCUAACUCAGUUUAUCUCGAAUCUGAACUCAGCAAACAUUCCUGCAGUGUUCAAACCAUUGGAAAGACACUUAAAUAAGUUUGAUGUUGCCAACAUGACUAAAAACGAAAUUCUUGAUAAAGAAGAUGUCUUGAGAAACAUGGUAGAGCUGGCUCAAUGGUCUGACCUGAUAAUCUUCGAUUAUCUCACAGCAAACUUGGAUAGGAUCGUCAAUAACCUGUACAACUAUCAGUGGAACGUGAACAUCAUGGAUGCGCCGGCCCAUAACCUAGCUAAGAAGUCAGACAGUGAAUUGUUAGUGUUUCUGGAUAAUGAAUCAGGGUUGUUGCACGGGUACAGACUUUUGAAGAAGUACGAGAUUUAUCACUCGAUACUGCUUGACAAUUUGUGCGUUUUUCGAAGACAGACUGCGGAUAUUAUUAAAAAACUGAAAACUAAAGGUAACAUUGGUAGUUUGUUGCGUGAUAUGUUUGAGAAACGGAAUAGUGCGACUGUGAAGGAUAUUCUUCCAACGUUGCCGGAUAAAAGUGUGAAAAUUCUAAACGAACGAAUAGACCGAGUGUAUGGACAGAUAAAAAAAUGUGAGUCGAUAUUUUCUAAGGCCCUGUAGCGUCGAAAAAUUUGAAAUUCAAAUUUUUAAAUUGUAGUAAAACAAACACUCUGGACGUUUGGAGAGAUUAGCAUUUUAUUCAUAUUAAUAAAAGACAUUUAUUUAAAUUAUCUCCGUUUUUUCGAAAAAUUCAUUAUUGGACAGCCAGUGUAAAUUCGUCCUUAUAGAAAACUUAUUUAUUUAUUUUCUCUGUAUAUUUUAAAACGGAAAUAAGCAUAAAUUAAUUUUAGGCUACGGGCUGACAUUUUUUAAUCGGUCAAUUUAGAAAUUGAGCUCACAUAUGCAAUCAAACUAUGGGCCGACUAAAUCGAUUUGUCAUUCUGUAAAAAUGGAUUUUAAAGAGUUAGUUUGUGUAUGUAGUACUCUGGAAAUACGAAGACAAGACAUAAGCAAUAAAUACAAUAUUGGAUAUUCAAUGAACGAUUAUUAAAAUAUCAUUUAAAAAAGAAUGCUAUGAAUAUUUUAGUCCAAUUCUUCUUCGUUAUACAUAUUAAAAUACUUACUUCGAGACAUCUUAAAUUUCGGAAAAUGCUUUUUUAGCUUAUAUUUACUAAGUACUACACCACCAGAAAAUAUUAUAAUAUCCAGGAAAAUAUCCAGUGAGCGUAGACAAUAAUAAAGCAGAUAUAUUAUUACCAACUAAAAAGUUGCACGCAGUUUGUGUCCGGGAAGAAACUAUUUAAUCGGCCGACUAUACAGGAUUAGUCUUAAAUAAGUGCAAAUAUUUUUAGUGGCAGUUUAUUUUGACCCCCGAAACACGUCUAUGAUGUUUCUUUCACGAUUUCUUUUCAAAAUUUGGAAUUUUUUGAAAACAUUUUGAAAAACUUUUUUUAAUUCUUAGUUAAAAACAUAAUACCUUCAUGGCUACAUAGGUCGUAGAUUAAACUUACAAGAAGUAAAACCCAGAAAAGAUCCAGAGGUUCUCAAAAUUCAAGAAAAAAACAUUUUUUUUUUAAUUUUCAAA